AAACAUGAAGCGCUACUAGCCUGACCACAACACAUAAUUUGAGCCAACAUGGCUUCCUAACGUUAGAGUUUCCUGACAUUUGUACAUGCUUAUACUGGCUUCUAGAAAAGCAUAAUCACAGGUUUCAAAACUCGGACAAGAUCCAAAGGAUGGCGCGGGUGGUGUUCCUCCAUCCAGACCUGGGUAUUGGUGGAGCUGAGCGUCUGGUGGUCGAUGCUGCUGUCGCUCUAAAGUCUAAGGGAUGCAGCGUUCAGAUAUGGACUGCCCAUUACGACCCAACCCACUGCUUCUCUGAGACGCUGGAUCCAGAACUGCCUGUGGUAUGUGUGGGGGAUUGGCUACCCACAAAUGUGUUUGGUUACCUGCAUGCCCUGUGUGCCUACAUGAGGAUGAUCUUCGUGGCCCUCUACCUGGUCUUCCUCAGCGGGGUGGAGUACGAUGUCAUCUUCUGUGAUCAAGUGUCAGUGUGUAUCCCGGUGCUGCGACUGUCCCGUCACAGGAAGAAGGUUUUGUUUUACUGUCACUUCCCAGACCAGCUGCUGACCCAGAGGAAGUCGGCCCUGAAGAAGCUGUACCGUGCUCCCAUCGACUGGAUGGAGGAGCGCACCACUGGCAUGGCUGAUAUGAUUCUGGUAAACAGCAAGUUCACCGCAGGCAUCUUCAGCGAGACCUUUAGUGGUCUGAGAGGAGUUCAGACGGAUGUCCUCUAUCCCUCCCUCAACACAAGUACCUUUGACCAGCAGUCCACUGAAGCACGAGGCCUGGAAGGGCUUCUUCCCGAGGGGACCUCCUGCAUGUUUCUCUCUCUGAACCGAUACGAGAGGAAGAAGAAUCUGGGGCUGGCUCUGGAGGCUCUCUCCGCCCUGAGGAGCCUCCUUCCUGCAGGCCAGAGAGCGGGUGUUCACCUGGUGGUGGCGGGGGGCUACGAUGACAGAGUUACUGAGAAUGUUCAACAUUAUACUGAACUGAAAGAGCUGGCAGCGCAGCUCCACCUGGAGGACUGUGUCACUUUCCUGCGCUCCCCCUCUGAUUCAAUGAAGGUGGCGCUGUUACGGGGCAGCGCAGCCGUGCUCUACACCCCGAGCAGAGAGCAUUUUGGGAUUGUUCCUGUAGAGGCCAUGUACUGCUGUUGCCCUGUUAUCGCGGUAAACUCUGGGGGCCCCCUGGAGAGCGUGGCAGACGGGGAGACAGGCUUCCUGUGUGAGCCCCUGGCCGAGGCCUUCUCUAAGGCCAUGGAGAAGCUGGUGAGAGGGCCUCAGCUCCGCAGGGACAUGGGACACGCCGGGAGGAGGAGGGUACAGGAGAAGUUUUCUCUUCAGGCCUUCUCAGACCAGCUGUAUGGGUACAUUGUCAAGCUGAGCCAGUGAUGGUAACGCAGAAGACAGGUUAAACAAACGAUCCUAUUCUGAACUGUGAAUUGUCUGUGGUCCACUGGGGUCUGCAGUGAGGUGACAUGAACAUCUUCUAAUAGAGGAUGUGUGUGUAGAUGUGCAGGGAGGUGGGAGUAUUAUCAGGACUCAGAGGAAAAUCAAUUUGCAUUCCCCUGGAGGGGUUGCUGAGAGGAAAAAAAUGGCGGAAUCUCUAUACCAAUUAAGACACAAGAAUAACGAGUUUACCUAUAUCUCUGGAAGAAUACCACACGUGUGUGUGUGUGUGUGUGUGUGUGUGUGUGUGUGUGUGUGUGUGUGUGUGUGUGUGUGUGUGUGUGUGUGUGUGUGUGUGUGUGUGUGUGUGUGUGUGUGAUAUUGCACAUGUGUAGCAGCGCCGGAACCAAGAGCCUAGCAAAUGAGCAUACCAAAAGGAUUGAUUGUUAGACAGAAAUGUUUUGCACUGUGUAUGUUUUUUCCCCCCUUGCUUUGAUACAGUAAUCAUUGUGUUUGGGUGAUGAAGAAGAAGAAGAAUGUAGUUACCACCCUAUGCCAUCAGGCAGUGCACAGACCCAGAUCGAUAAACGGGAUGCUUUCCUCCAGUUCCUGUCCGCCCAGAGCUUUGUUCAACUCCUCGCAUUCAGAAAACGCUGGCCUGUUCUGACUCUGGCUGCUGUGUGGAAGUUAUUAGUGGAUGAUAGAGAGUGUUUGGCUUUAUUAGAGGUCUGGUUGAUGGGCAUUGGGACUUUGUCUGGGUCUUUAUCAACGAGGAGAAGAGCAGAAGGUCAUUGUGUCUCCAGCUGGCCUCCUCAGCCCUCCUACUGUAUAGAAAAGCUUGUAUUGACAUUCCUGAAGUCUUAAUAAACAAGAGGACACAAACUC